GCCGCUAAUCAGACGGUGAUCGGUGUCUAUUUGUGACUGAGGUUUUAAACUUUGUCACUCAUCGGACGGCGGACGGCCCCGACGUGUCCAGUCUUCCCGAUGCCUGGAGAUCGGAAACAUCGGCCGGCGACCGGAUUAUUUGUGACUGAGGCAUUAGUGAUAUGAGCAAUUGUUAUGAAAGCAAAAUAUACAGUCAUGAUGUAUGCAACAAUCGGUUUCGUGAUACAUCUGGCAAUAAUUACAACACCAGUAACGACGAUAUCAUUACAAAUGAUCAGUCACAGUAGUAUAAUCGAGUGUAUGUCAAACAAAGAAGUAUCUUUCAUCUUAACACAUUUUGGGACUAAAGAAAAGACACCUAUAGCAGACUGUUACAUGGUCAACGCUGAGUGUUAUCUUUUAAAUGAAGCCUUUUCGAAGAACUUCAAGGUUGUAUCUGGGCAUGCAUCAGUUCUACUUAUCAUUCUUAACGCCAAUAAUGACACUUUUGGGACGUACACGUGCAUCGAGAGAUUUGACAACGGCAGUGCUAGCAUCCACUUGGAAAAAUAUGACUACUCUACACUCCGAACCCAUCCCGAUAACCUUGAAUUAAAACAAAACAUAAAUAACCUUAAUGAAAUCGUAUGUGUUUCUGAUAAGGAUAUAACGUUUGCAUACACAAAUACGCAUACUGGACAAAAGGCAAUUAUAGCAGCAUGUAAAUCUAAUGUCGGGAAGUGUUAUUUGCAAAGCAGUUGGUUUACAAGUUUCUACUCUGUCACUCACACUGGUAAUGGUGGAAGUCUUAAUAUAAGAAAACGUCGGAAUGACACUAUUGGAACGUAUACAUGCUACGAAACAGCGAAUAGCAGCAUCCGGGAUAGCUUAGGCAUUAAAGAAUAUGAAACAGAUGGUUACUUUGUAAUGGUAAUAGCCAUUGCUUCACUUAUCCUGGUACAUGUGCUACUACCUAUGUCAUAUGUUCUUGCCGAAGUCAUCAUAUAUUAUUCGAGGUAAACAAUCUCACAGUAUCUACACAUAUCCCAGUGGAGUUUUCGUUGCUUGUGGGAAACUGCACGCCAGUGUUCGCAUCGGAUACCGUCAUGAGAACCAACGAAUCAACAAAUUGAUAGUGUGCAUCUCCUGACUUAAAUUGCAAUACGUGUUUACAGUACGGAUAAUGUAAUGCGCAAUAUUCAAGCUCAUCAAUUUUUAGCAUGAGUAGCGCAAUCGAGACACAUUGUUUUCUUUGUAAGUAACACAUUUAAUUUAACGAUAUGUCGCUAGGUUCAGCCGAAUGUUAUCAUAGCAAAUGCACUGAUGUUUAAAAUGUCUUAACAAGUGUGUUCACUAUGGCCCAUAUACACCUAUAAGGUUUUAAGACAAAACAUUAAGAGAAUGUGUGCUUUUAUGCGGUUAUUCUAUUCUCUUUCCACUGUAUGUUAAGUCAAACAUUUAUAGAAACCAUUUGAUUAUAUCAAAAACAUAGUGCUGCUGUAUAUAUGCGAAAUGCAUGUAUUUUAGUGUUAUUACGCCUAUCUUUUAUUUCUUAAGACAAAUUAUGGGUUGAUGAUAUAACAUUUGGGGUUGUGUGUCCAACUUUCGUAGCAGUAUACAUGAUUGUUAAUGUAAAACAUGUACGUUAUGCAUAAUUUUUCAAAAGACGCUGGAUACUAUUUGCCAAUCUGCAGCCUUUGACAGACAUGCUUUGGCUGAAUUGUGCGUCGGCUGUGUGAAUCCGAUUUCAAUACAUCCAGCUGAUGUUGUGCGAUAUUAGUAAUGAUGAUAUAAGUGUCGCUUUUACAAACAAAUUGUUUAUGAAUAUGUGACCUUCAUUCGUCCAGCGGCAUCAUGACCUCACACUCAGUGAUCAGAAAGAUAUUUGAACGUCAGUGUAUCAUAUACUAAUAUAAUGCAUAUUAUGUAUGGUCACAAAGCAGUAGUAAAAGCAGUAGGCGUAUGCAUGGUGAUUGUAACUUUAAUCUGGUAUCGUGUAUGGAUGUUCACUCACUUCUAUAAUACAUACAAAAACAUGUAUGAUGAAAGAAACAUUAACAUUUAUUUAGAAACGUAUUAAGACUGUAUAUACACUGAAUAUCAAUAAAAUUUCGUAAUAACA